GCGCGGCUCCGCACUCCUUCCCUCCCAUCAUGGCGCUGCGGAUCCUGCUCCUGCCUCUGCUCGGCUACAGGCUCUUGGCUGUGGAGCUGACAUCCAGCAACACCAAGCCCGUGGUGCAGGAAUUCCAGAGUGUUGAGCUCUCCUGCAUCAUCAAAUCCACCAUAACACCAGAUCCCAGAAUCGAGUGGAAGAAGAUCCGAGAUGGAGAAACCUCUUAUGUAUUCUUUGACAAUAAAAUGCAGGGAGACUUUGUGACUCGUGCAGAGAUCCUGAGCAGGACAUCGCUGGUGAUCAAAAACACCACCCGGAUGGACACUGCCACGUACCGCUGCGAAGUGGCAGCGCCAUCUGAUACUAAAACCAUAGAUGAGAUCAACAUCCAGCUCACGGUCCAAGUGAAGCCUAUGACUCCUCGAUGCACUGUGCCUAAAGCUGUCCCUGUGGGCAAGACAGCCUCUCUGCACUGCCACGAGAACGAAGGUUACCCCAAGUCCACGUACAGCUGGUACCGCAACAGCGAACCUCUAUCGCCAGACUCCAGAUCCAAUGCCAAAUUCCACAACUCCUCCUACACCCUGAACCCCAGCACAGGCACUCUGGUUUUCCAUGCUGUGCACAAAGGGGACACGGGCCGUUACUCCUGCAUAGCAACCAACGAUGCUGGCUUUGCCAAGUGUGAGGAGCAGGAGAUGGAAGUCUAUGACCUCAAUAUCGGAGGGAUAAUCGGUGGAGUCCUGGUGGUCCUCGCAGUUUUGGUGCUCAUCACUCUUGGUAUCUGCUGUGCCUACAGAAGGGGUUACUUUGCAAACAGCAAAGAGGGUGGGGAAAGCUACAAGACUCCAGCAAAGCCUGAUGGUGUUAACUAUAUCCGGACAGACGAUGAGGGUGACUUCAGGCACAAGUCUUCAUUCGUCAUCUAAGACGCCACGAGAGUAUCACAAACCAGCAAAAGCAAGUGUGCAAAUACCUCCUCCAGGAACUCGAAGCAAGAGCAAAGGAUGAAUUAAGUGCGCUUGGAAGGGUUUGGAACACACAAGAACUCAACAGCUACCUAUCUGUAUCUCGUUUUUUCUUUGCCAAAGUUUAAAGUAACUCCUCACUGCCCAACUUGCGUCUCCCCUGCCUCCGGAGAUACCAGCAGGAUCACCUAAACCUGUCCUUGGACUAAGGAAGCGUUCUAAUGCUUCCCAAGAGACUGUGGGCUGUGGAAGUUUGUGGAAUUGCCUUCUCUUUGUGCUGCAGGGACACAGCCACAACGUGCAAACCCACCAGAGGAACAGCGUUAGGUAAACGUGUAGUAGACAUUACUAGUAGGUGUUACUAGUAGACAAAAAAAGGUGCUGAUACAGCAAUAGAUGGACUUCAAGGGGGAAUCUUCCUCUCAGCAGCUGGUUGCCCAGGCCUGGCUGGUGACUUUUACACGUGUGUGAUUGUCUUGUGCUUUUGGCUCUGACUUUGGUGCAGAACAGGGGAUGUGAACAGCCUGCAGUGACAGGUACCAACACACAACUAACGCUCUCAGCCCUUUUGUAAACUUACCUUCUUGUUACUCUGUUUAACAGGAGACAGCAGGCAGCAUCAGGCCAGGAGGAUUGCUUCUGUUCAUUGCUUUAUAGAGAGCUCACUGCACGCAGGUAACCCCUCAGUCUAAUCUGCACAAAGCAGGCUUGCCUCUUGCGUCUCCUGGUGCUGUAAAGAGGCUUAGAGUGGAGGCAGAGUGUGCUGAGACAUCCCUUUCAGGAAAAUUAAAGCCAAAUACUUCCAUGGGGGAAGGUGGCCAGGAAAGGUACUGAGAUAUCUUCAAGCUUUUUUACCUUCUCCCCUUUCUUUUGUAAAAAUCCCAUGGCCUCAAUUUUGAGCAAAGAUCUAUUUUGGUUACUUCAGAAAAGGUGAUGUUUCUAUUGCAAGUGUAAAUAGGUGAUGCCAGCAGUGGUUCAGGAACGUGGCUAUUUUUUUACUGUUCAAACUACAGAGAGGAGCUCAAACGUUGCUCUAGUCUGGCACUGUCAGAGCAUAUCAGUAUUACUGCAAGUGUACUGAAGAGCUGCAGGUGGAACAGCAUCUCCUUCCUCUUAAGCUAGCUUCAGCAAUUUCCUUGUCACAAGAGGUCUUACAGACACAGAACAGAGUCACUCAGGGAUAGUUUUUGUACAUUUAUGGCAGGAGCUGUCAACUUUUUUAUAUCUAAACCAUAGUUUUCUUGCCAGUGACCAACACUUUGUUUUUGGUGUUGCAAGAAACAGCCAGGGAUGGCUUUUGGAUUCAGUCCCACCAAGGUGACAAGAGUGACUUCAACGUUUGCUGCCCCUCUGCAAGUUCCCUAAAGCACUAACCCAGUGUGACAGCUACAGCAGCUUUCCAGGUUCAAGCUGCAGAGCCGAGGCAACUGUUUCUGGAGCUGGGAAAGCAAAAGCUCAAUACAAAAGCACUUUUGCAGUGACAGUUGCAACUUCUCUGUAGAUGGUAAGAGAAAAAGAGAAAAAACAUGUUGUUCUCUUGGCUUAAAGAGACUCAUUGGAAACGUGGUGAUAGUGGUGAACAGCAUUGGGUAACAUAAGGCUGCAAGAUGCGGAUGCAACACUAGAACUAUGCUGUGGUUUAAGAGGUUUUUUAAUGUAGCAUAAUGUAGUGUUCUUGUAUUUCCAAUAUGAAUUGAGUUGUCUUAACUUUUCCUGGAUACAGUAUUUUGGAUACUUGACGAUUUGGACUGUCAGUGUUAUUUUUUAGUGUUCUGCAUUAACCUGCUUUGGUUCCUUGGGGCCUCGCUGGACAUGCCAUUGCUGCAUUUGUUUUGCCUAAACUAAGUGGUACCACUUCUCCUUUUGCUAAGGAAAGGAAAGAUAAGGAUGGGGCAGCAAUACCCUGAUGUUCUCUGUGUAACUCAGACAUUACCACUGCUAUCUUACAGCUAUUUGAUGGUUACCUUCUUAAGACCUGCUCUUCAAGCAAGCCACAUGCUGUUCACUGGCUGCCUCUAAUCUGUGUGCCAGUAGUGAGCAUAACAUUCCUUUGCACCUUCCUUACGUCCACUACUCCUUUUCUGUGCUGCUUUUACAGGUAUCCUUAUUGCAGGGUACAUGUAAGAAGGGAGAGGAAGAAAAGGGUUGAAUGAGGGGAGCUCUGGGCACUGUGGGAGCACAAUCUACAUAAGAGUCUCACCACGAACCAAAGGCAGCCUUCAUGUGAAAAGGCAGCAAGCUUCUGUUUCAGUUCUAAAAUGUGACAGUGGCAUCUCUAACGAGAGAAGGGGAGAUGAUCCCCCUCCUCCAGCUCCCGAGAUCUGAUGGAGUUCAUUGUAUCUUUGUGAAUAAUAUUCAGGUUUGUACUAAUGUAUUCUGUUUAACUUUGCCAAGGAUGUUUUCCAUAAAUACCAAGCUAUAAA